AUGGAGAUUCCGUCAAGACAUCGCAAUGCCGCCCCUGGUGGUCUGCCCUCGAUGCCUUCUAUAUUCAUUGGCGUCAGCCCUCCGUCCAGGCCAAUCGCCUUCGGCAGCACCUCAGGGAACAGCAAUCGACAGGCCGGGUUCUCCUUACCUUCGCCGCCACUCUCGACCUCGAACCCUAUGGUAAUACCAAACGCUCGUGGCGGAGGUGCCUACGACGACCCUCCACCGGCGCUGCCGCCUCCGAGGUUUGUGCCCAUAGACGGCCCUACCGGCGACCAUCCGCAAUAUCUCGAGCAUCGCUCUCAUCACGAGCCCGCAGGCUCUGCAGGCUCAGGCUAUUUUGGAAGCUUGAACGAAAACCUGAAACGGGAUGCGAGAUGGCCUUCUAAGCCGGAUAGGGAUGAGGGUUACGGCAGUCUGUCGUCGAUGGCUUCCUCAAGGUCCCAGGGUUCACUCCCCACGCGCUUCGGCGUCCACCACGAAAAGUACCAGUUCAGGCCAUCGGUCGAUGCCUACGAUAAUGCAUUAUUAAAUAAGCUCAGCUCGAAUCGCACCCUUAAUAACCGUUCGCCAACCCAAUCUUCCUCUCUAAACUCCCCAACGGGUGACGAGCCGAUACGACAUCCCACCGCACCUCCCGCUAACGAUCGACUACAUUUGCUCAAGCCUCUGUCUCUCCCAACACGAUCAAAACAGCCACUAAUGCUCGAAUCCCCGAAUCGUUUUACAGACACACCCAUAUACUCGGCCGUGUCCCCACGCAGCAAUCCUUUCCCGGCGAUUCAGGGCAACAAAUCCCCAAAUUACGACAGCGGUGGCGGAUCGGAUUUUGAGAGAUCGCCAAUACCCAUGCCGCGCAGGACUGAUAGCUGCGUGUCAGCUUCUGAUGAUGCAGGUACUGCCUCCACUCAGGGUAGCAGCUAUGAGAUGACGGUGGACGAUGUCGACUAUGCCAUGGAGGACUCGCAGCAUGCCACAAAGAAGCGGAGGGCAUCGUCGCCACCCGGCGAAGAACCUGCAUACGGCACCGGCUUUGCGCUGCACUCUUCCAACGAUCUGUUGAGGAGAAGAGAAGCCGGUGCAUCACGAGGUAGUCCCACCCCACGUCUUAGUGUUAUACCCCAGGGAUCGUCUACGUCGUCAAAUGGGAGCCGCAGCGGCUCUUUUCUCAGUUUAUCCAUCGGUCCCUCGGGCAUCGACCGGCUCUCGCCUGGCGGGCUAAGCCCUGGGGGUAUGUCACCGACUGACCCCUCCAGUUGCGGCUCGCCAUUCUCGAUUGCAGCGUCUCCGAGAUCGUCAAUAUCGAGGAGCAACCAUGGCUCAUCUUCGGCGCCGCAGCCCCAUCAUAGAACAUUGAGUGUCGAGAACAGGCUGUCACCGAGAGGCAAGCAGCUCAUGGGUGAAGGAAUGAUGCCAAAGGCUGCUGGCGGCGUGGCGACCAAGAUGCAAGGCUUUUUGAUGUGUCAAUGCUGUCCGAAGAAGCCAAAAAAGUUUGACACAGAAAAGGACCUGAGGGACCACGAAGCAGAAAAGCAGUACACGUGUUUAUACUGCGGUAACCGUUUCAAAAACAAGAACGAGAUGGAAAGACAUCAAAACAGUCUGCAUCUUAGGAAACACAGUUGGUCGUGUAGCGCCCUGUCUGGAUGGGACCGGGCAUUCCACGAAUCGACAGCGUCGCCAGGCCAAGCGGACGUUUGCGGCUACUGCGGGAAAGAGUUCUCACGCAGCUCAGCUGACGGCGCAACGGAGGCGGACUGGGAGGAACGCAUGAAGCAUCUGACGGACGCGCACAAGUUCAGGGAGUGCAACAGCAGUAAGAAGUUCUACCGGGCCGACCACUUCCGGCAGCAUCUGAAGCACAGCCACUCUGGGACAAGUGGGAAAUGGACCAACAUGUUGGAGAACGCAUGUAUGCUAGACGAGGAGCCGGAUGUGCCCAUGGAUCGGCGCUGA